CUCAAUUGUGAAGGAAUCAUAAGCUAACAUUAUUGGAAUCCAAACUUCUUGAAACUUUCGUGAUUCCUGGCUAAUGGGAAAUAACAUGAAAUAUUCUUUAUAUAAGUUCGGAGCAAGAAAAUGAACCAGCUUUAAUAAUGGGUGCCUCAAUCAUUAUAUUUCUAUUUUUCUUAUUCUGUUUUCUUUGUUUACCACAUUUCAUUGUGAGUAGUUCCGGAAAUUGUCUGAAUAAUCAGUGUAGCAAGGAGGCCCCCGGUAUCGCAUUUCCUUUCCGAUUAAAAGGCCGUCAAGCCGAACGAUGUGGUUAUCCAGGUUAUGAUCUCACAUGUGAUAAUAUGAAUAGAACAAUUCUAGAGCUGCCAUUUUCUGGACGAUUUGUCGUUAAAGAUAUCAAGUAUGGUGGAACUGAUCACGAGAUACUACUACACGAUCCAGACGACUUCCUUCCUAGACGUUUAUUGAAUCAGCUGAAUCUCUCAGGUACCCCUUUCAUUGGUUAUAAGUAUCAGAAUUAUUCAUUCUUCAGCUGUCGGUCAGAUACUUUAUCUUCGUCUUUUGACUCCGGGAGGGAUAUCAGUUGCCUAAGUAACACCGCACACAAAGUAUUUGCUACGUCUUCAAUAGGUUAUGGUAGAUUGUGGAGCAACGUGAAUUGUACUUUAAUUGCUACUAUACAAGUCCCAGUUAAAUUCAUUUCGAAUGCAUACGACGACUAUCCUAGGUUUUAUUACGAAACUGUUCUUGAACUUACAUGGAAUUGGAAAAAACCAUGGUGCAAAAAAAAUUGUGAUGAUAAAGACUCGAAUUUUCCAUCCUAUGGAGGACGCCUUGAUGUUCUUAGCGGUGGUAAAACCUUUCCUAUAGCCAUAGGCAUCAUAAUACCAACUGUAAUAGUCGUUGCUAUAUGCUAUAUUGUUUCACGCAUUAGAGGCUUUUGCUUUGGUGCUGGUAAUAUUGAAUCAACCAACUCAUCGCAAUUAGUCACUAUCACCACCGGUCUCGAUGAGUUUGCAAUACAAUCAUUUCCCACGAUAGUUCUUGGUGAGAGCGGACGACUUCCCGACCCAGCCAAUAAUAUUUGUGUAAUAUGUUUGUCCGAGUAUCAACCAAAAGAGAAGGUGAAAAUCUUACCUUCGUGUAGUCAUUGUUUUCAUUCUGCAUGUAUUAAUGAUUGGCUUCAUUUGAACUCAACAUGUCCUGUAUGCCGGAUAUCUCCUGUCCUGUAAGCUUGUUACAUACUUCUCACCUUGUCAUACUAAAUACGAACAAGAAAAUUUCUAAUUUCCUCCAAGUUUCCUUAU